GAACGUCUUAUUUAAUUUGUACGAACCAAGCUACACUUUUAGCAAUUAUUUACUUAUUUAUAUUAUAAAUUAAAAUUAGUACAUAUUAUCAGGCAACUAAAGGAGAAAGAUAAAUAUUUUGAGGGAAACAGUAACAUCGUUUAUUAUUUUAUUAUAUAUGUGUUUCGAGUACUAUAUGGGUAAUAUUUUCUUAAAUCGAUUUCCUUCGAUAUAUCGAAGGAAAUCAACCUUGUUAUGACAACGAAGCUGAGAUGCAACGUGGAUUCGGGCUGUGUACGAUGUUUUAAGAUAGUUAUGAUCUCUAUAAAUUAGAAAAAGGACCACCGCAAAAGGCAACAUUCAAUGAUGAGGAUGCCACUUAUAUUUUGAAAACGAUGCACUAUAUACGAAGAAUGGAAAAUAAAAUAGCUGAGAUGUACAGGUUGCGAUUGAUCAAUGGAUUCUGUCAUUUAUAUGCUGGCCAAGAAGCUGUUGCAAUAGGCUGCAAAAUGGCAUUAAAGGACAAUGAUACUCUAAUAACAGCUUAUCGCUGUCAUGCUUUCGCUCUGCUUUUCGGUGGAUCUGCUCGUACAAUUAUGGCAGAAUUAAUGGGACGAAAAACUGGUAUUUCCAAAGGCAAAGGUGGAUCUAUGCAUAUGUAUGCACCAAAAUUUUAUGGAGGUGAAGGAAUCGUCGGUGGACAGAUACCGAUAGGUACAGGUCUCGCAUUUGCCCAUAAAUAUAACGGCAUUGACGGAGUAUCCAUUUCAUUAUACGGUGACGGUGCAGCCUCUCAAGGUCAGAUAUACGAGACAUGGAAUAUGGCCAAAUUAUGGAAUCUCCCGGCCAUAUUUAUCUGUGAGAAUAAUCAAUAUGCCAUGGGUACACAGCUCCAUCGUCAUUCAGCUAACACAAAGUUCUACACUCGAGGUGAUUUAAUACCUGGUAUAAAGGUCGACGGAAUGAAAGUGAUUAACGUUCGAGAGGCUGUAGUAUUUGCCAGAGAUUAUGCAAUUCAUAAUGGUCCGAUCAUUUUAGAAGUAUCAACUUAUCGUUAUUAUGGACAUAGCAUGAGUGAUCCUGGUGUUGGAUAUCGUACCAGAGAUGAAAUUAAAUCCGUACAAAGUGAACAAGAUCCUAUCUUGCUUUUCACAAAACUUGUCGUUGAUAAUGGACUGAAAACUCAAAAUGAAGUUGAUGAAAUACGAAAAGAAAUGCAUAAGGAAGUUGACGCCGAGGCGGAAUUAGCAAAAGCCGAUCCAUGGCCAGAAUUGACUGAAAUUGGAAAGGAAGUGUAUUCUAAAACAUUGGAAAAAUUAAGGGGUAAAGCACCCUGGGAAACCCAUUGAAAAAAAAUUUCUCCCUAAACGAAUUAUUUGGAUCAUAUCUCGUCUCUUUUUACGCGUUUACUUUUAAUAUAUAUAUAUACUAUCGUAUUUUAUUUAUUUAUUUAUUUAUUUACAUACAAUAUGUAAAAAAAAGACUCGCAUUAUGAAUUAAAUAUAUAU